GUCAUUGGCUCGCCACAGUGACUCGUCCGAGUGCCUCGGGAGAGACCCGGAUCCUAGACUUUCAUAUCGACGACUAUAAAACGGGGAAGAUACUUUCUAGUAGAAGUCUUCCUCUACCUCUGUCCUUUUUUGACUCCAGUCUCCUGUCUGAAUACUUAGCUAUAAAUCUACAACGAUGACUGUAACCCCUCAGCAGAAACGCAAGCUUGUUGUAUGCCGCGAUCUUGGUCCCGAUGCCAUGUCUCUACUACACGAACGACACGAUAUCGAGGUAAUAUUGUGGCCGUAUACAGAUCGUGCAUGCGACAGACAAUGGCUCAUGGAUAAUAUCGUCGGUGCUUCCGGUGUUAUAAUCAUGUUCACAGAGAAGGCCGACCGUGAGGUACUGGACAAAGCUGGCCCUCAAUUGCAAGUCGUUUCGACGUAUUCGGUCGGUUACGAUCAUAUCGACUUGAAGACGCUUUCAAGAGGCAACAUACGCCUGGGAUAUACACCAGACGUACUGACAGACUCAGUUGCUGAUCUUUCUGUCACGCUCGCUCUCAUGUCGAGCCGUAACGCUAUCGAGGCAGCAUCUGUCGUGCAAGCUGGUGAUUGGCCCAACAAACCCUGGGCACCGUUCCUUUUCUGUGGCCCUCAAAUCAGCGCCCCACAUUUCACACCCACACGCACAGUCGGCUUCCUCGGUUUCGGUCGCAUCGCACGCGCAACCCUCGCCCGCCUCGUCCCCUUCGGAAUAACGCAUUGCAUCUACACCGGCCGGUCCACCACAUCCCCUCCACAAAUCGAUGACGACCCAUCUCUAAAACCAUACCUCCAAUCCUCCAACCCUCUCUCCUCCCUCAAAUCCAUCACUCGCGUCCCUCUGACCACUCUCGCCGCUGAGUCCGAUGUUCUGUUCCUGUUGGCGCCAGGAGGACCGGAGACGUAUCAUAUUGUUGAUGAGGCGUUCUUGAGAAGGAUGAAGAAGACGGCGGUGGUGGUGAAUACGGGGAGGGGGACGUUGAUUGAUUCGGAUGCGUUGGCGAGGGCGUUGGAGGAGGGGUGGAUAUGGGGGGCUGGGUUGGAUGUUGUGGAAGGGGAGCCGGUUGGGGCUGAUCAUGUAUUGAUCAAGGAGCCGAGAUGCGUUGUGUUACCGCAUAUUGGUAGUUCCACGACAGAGACGAGGAAGGUUAUGUCUGCGAUGGUUGUGAAGAACGCAUUGGCCGCGCUGGAUGGGCAGCAGAUGCCAGCAGAAUUGGACUUGACAGGACGAGUCUGAAUUGGUCCUUGCCCCAACGUAGAAUGGUCGUAGAUGCCUGGCUAUGUCCACCUAACGGACCAUUUAGACCUAUAGACUAUACACCUCUCAAUGUAGCCCUUUUGAGCCAUGCAGACAACUAGACAUCGUAUGUACCUCAUUACCCACUAGAAUGUACACAGAUUUCUGUUCGAGUAUUUAUUGACAAUUGGAGAGGUUGAGUGGCGGUGGCC